UUUUAUGUGCCGGUCUCAAAAAUUCUAAACUAUGCGGCGGAUCGGUAACUUAUCAAAAUUCCACAUCGUGACUACACAACAGACCUAGUGAAACUGGAAUUACAAAAUGCGUACAUAAUGGUGUUCACAUCGAAUUUAAUUUGAAAAGUGAAGCUGUUUGAAGUCUUUCAAAAUCUGGCCGCGUUUCCGAUGUGACAGUUCGCAGAACUGCGGUCAAAUGCUCGUCCCUCAUCCGCGAAAGCAGAUCGGACUUACUCUGCUUCAUGGUCGAAAAAGUUUAUUCGCACACAUACGUUGAUGCAACAUCGCCACUAUUCCCUUGGCAAAUUCUUUAAAGUUCGGAAACGUGUCGUUACUGAGCAAUUUGAAGAACUGGACAACGUUUUCUGGAUUAAAAGAAUCCUUCAACAUUUGUGUUGCACUGUAAAUCGGUCAGCUCAAGUUGCAGGCUAUCUGGUGCACUUUCAAAUUUCAUGGUAAACGGAUUAGACAGUAUGUUCAACUUUCCAUUUUUCUGAAAUCCCCGAAUCACCUCAAAAAACUCAUCUUGCAGGUCACUCAACGUUUUGCUGUAUUUUCUUGCCUUGCAGACACUGUCAACAAGUUCAGGGUAAGAAAGUAUUUAUAUUUUCUUUCCUUCACUUGGGUUGAAAAGAAAUCAAAGUUUCCGUUCAAACGCGACCAUGGCAAAAUAUAAUUUGUGAACAAGGAUGUUUUUACAUUGCAGGUUCAUAUUUUGUUCAAAUGGAACAUGACGUCAACAAGAAAAUGGAUUUUUCAAAGCUUAGCCACUGGACAUCUGUGUGGUAGGGAGCAUCUUUGUGAUCGGCUUCAACGUCCUCCACCAAUGAUAUGAACUAUCGGUGGUUGAACUCUCUUGUUCUAAUAAAGGUUACGAUUUUCAUCACAGUAUUCACAACAUGGUUCAUGUCUAACACGUUUGUACAGUGCUUCUUGCAGGAGUUCAGGAAGAAGAUGCUGAUACAGUACCUUUAAAAUUUUAUAAAAACCCGUUUAUGUUCGUUAGUCAGCCCUUUAUAUUUUGAAGGCGUCUUCUCAGCAAAUAACUGCAAGUUUAAGGCUAUAUUAUGUAUACUUUAUUACGUGCUUUGCAAAUAACUUCAGGCGUAACUACCACCCACUUGCGAUAUGGGGCGAUAUCCUAAGCAAUAAAUAAAAUUGUUCGUUCGUUGCUUGUCUAUCCCCACCUUAAUCUGUCUUCUUCUGCCUUCAGCGUGCCGUACCCCGAGGUAUGAUGAGCCACUUGCAGCAGCUAGACGAUGGAACCCCUUACCAUAUUUACCUUGAAUGCACACGACAGUCAAAAACAAAUAGUAGACCAUGUUAUUGUUUUGGCUCUAUUAUCGACCUUGUAAUUAAAGAACCAAAAUGAGUAGCAUGUGUUAUCGACGAAACAACGCCAGUAUUAAUUAUCUGUCCAGAUGUCUCAAUAAUCAAGAUAAGCACCAGUUUCGAUCAAUGCUGCUAACAAAUAAUAUGCAUGACAUUAAUUCGGACUUCAUUAUGUAGUGUAGUGGGAACACCCAGUCAGAUGGUGUCAUUACCAGACUUUUCCAGCUUUCUCUUGACUCUCCUUGUCCCCCGCUUAUGGCGCACAUCAACAAUGCCAGUGCCCAACAAGCUGAAUGUUACAGACUUGAAACUUUUUCGACCUGUGUUUUUCACGUCUGUUGUGGCCAAGUGUUCAGAAAGGGUUGUGGGAAGUUUGUUAACUUCCACUGUGGCUGAUAGUCUGGAUCCUGUGCAGUUUGCUUGCAAGCCACGUAGGGAAGGGAGAGGGUGUCUGAUGCCACUCUCGCUCUUUUAGAUGUUGUCCUGCAACACUUAGACUCCUCUGGCACCUAUGUUCGGGUCCUGUUCCUAGAUUAUUUUUCAGCGCCUUCAACACGGUCCAGCCUUACCUUGUAGCCUACUAGACCUGUUCAGUUGCAGACUUUCAUUAACCACUAUUAACCCUCCUUCCCCCCAUCUCUCUCUCUCACUCGUUCUGUGGACCAAGUGAUCAAGUACGUCCAAGUAACAGACUGCACUACACACCGUCACCUGACAGGUUCGACAUCUUAUAUUGAUUACGGAUCUCCUAACAGCAGCAGGUCAAGUUUAUUUUAAUAAUGAGAUUUAGUCAUCGGUUAGCAGCCGGCGUGAUUUGAUCGGCGAUACGUUGAAGACAUCAUUCAGAUGAUCACACCACACCAAGCACAUCGCACGACUGCACUGUGGUCAUGACUAGCUCCAGAAUCUUCCUCCGCACCCCGUCAUGGGCGACUCUGUUGAUGUUGGUGCCGUGCUGCCUGGGACAAACGAGUCUUGUGACACUUCCUGAGGAUGCUCCGAGCAACGAAAACAGAACAAAUGGCCCAGACGGUAAUUCAAAUCAAACGACUGCUUUUGGCGACCCCAUGUUGGUGCCCAAGACUCUCCUAGAGAUCGUAGGUCUGGUUCCUAACAUUACACAGUCAUCUUCAGCGGGAGUACGAUCCUCUAACCUCAAUGAAUACAACAACGACGACAACGAAAGUAUCGCUGCCGGCGACGGCGACAUCGACGAUGAAGACUUCGAUGAAGAUGCCGUUUUGCGGGAGAAGAUGGCUGAAGUGUUGCGGCGCCUCGCUCAUCCUAAUGUGACAGGAGAGAAUGGGGGGAUGGAACCUUUGGACAAGGAGUUCUACGGGGCCUUCACCAGCAGGUCGGAGCUGCCGAGAGGCCAGUGUCUCAUCGCCAUCAUCUGGGAGGCCGCCCGGCCCUCUGCAACUUUCGAAGAGCUGCUGGUCCUCUUGGACGACAUGCAGGACGACCUGGAAGACAUGCAAGACGACCUCCUGACCCUGAUGGAGGACAUGAUGUACAGAGAUCUCUUCGAAGAAGAAUAUUACUACGAAGACGAUGAAUUCUACGACUACAACGAGAACCUGUACGAUGAGAGCUUUCCUUCUGUCGCCGACCCUGAUUACUACCAGCACGACGUUCCGGACUUCGACAACGACGACGACUUCGACGAAGGUGCACGCGAGGAAGCUGACGCCGACAACGAUCGGUUGCUGCUAUUUGCACCCUGGAUGCACUAGAUUGGGAGUACGCUCGAUCUGUUGUGGAGCUUGCUUUGUGAUGUCGCCAGACAUACUUAUUUGUCGCUUGCUAAAUCCCGCAUCUUCCUGCAAGCGUCUUUCAUGGGAGAAUGUUGGGUAGGGGGAGGGGGAGAGGGAAAGGUUUUGUUAAAAAGCAUGUCGGCAUGAAACUUGCUGGCUACUGGCUUCUACAUGGUGGGUAUCUUUCUUCAUUCUAUAGUUAUCUGUGGUCUGCGGUCUAGCCAGGCAGGCUGCUGCAGGCUGUUUUUCGUCUCCAGUCCUCUGUUUUCAGGAUGUCUUUUAUCUUUUGCCUCCUGUUGCCCUCACAAACAGUUAAAUAAACAUGAAAUGUUCGACAACCCCCUUCCCUUCGACCCUUUUCUUCUUGAAGUCGGGAACAUUAUUUAAUAUCAUCUUUAUAAAUGUUAAGGUUUCGAGAUGUUAAUGGGGCUUGUUAAAUUACAACAAGAAUUAUUUUUUUUUUUUUGCAACAGGCAGAAAAUAUUGUCUUGAAAAUCCUCCCGAACGUACUGAUUACUUCACAGAAACUAAAAAUAGUCUUUCUAGACUGUGAAGGUUUUCAGAAAAAUUGUUUCUCUUCAAAUUAAGCUAAUGAAAAUAAAAUUGUGUGGUAUUCUCAAUGUUUAUUAAAAAAAAACCUCACGCA